UCGGAUGUGUCGAAAAAUGUGUGUUGUUUUAUUUCGCAGAUAUUAGUUGUGUGAAGUGAUUUUUGGUACGAUUUUUAGUGUUUCGUUUCGCGCCAGAAAAAACCGAACCGAAAUUCACCACAUCGAGUGCGCCGUAAUGUAUGCAAUCGUGCUGCACGUGAAGCGAGCUAGGGUGUGUUUGCUUUUGCUGCCGUGCUGCUCAGUGGUCCGUACGGGAGUUUUAGCCGUUUGUCCGCUGGUUGCAUCCUGCGAUGAGGGCACCACCCCGUACCGUGCCAUGGACGGGUCGUGCAACAGUCUGUACAACCCACUGUACGGUACACCUUACCGGCCGUACCGGAGACUGUUGCCGGCGAGGUACGGUGACGGUGUGUUCGAGCCGGCCCGCAUGUCUUCCGGCCGACCGAUGCCGAACGCUCGGCAGCUUUCGAUGGCACUGUUCGGGGAGGUGGAACGGCCGGAUGCACGAAGCACCAUCAUUAACAUGCAGUUUGGGCAAUUGGUUGCGCAUGACAUGAGCUUUACCGCGGACGUAUUUGGAGUAAAAUGUUGUCCAAAUGGGCAAAGAAUUCCACCCGACUUGCUGCCUCCUCGUUGUAUGCCACUGCAAGUCCCGCCGGACGAUCCAAUUCUGCCUCUUGGGAACAUUCAGUGCAUGAGUAUGUUACGCACCAAAACGACGCUAGAACAUCCGUGCGUUACAAACUACGGUACAGCAGAGCAACUCUCGUCGGUAACUGCGUUCCUGGAUCUCUCCAUCGUGUACGGUAACAGUGUGGAGCAGACGGCCGGUUUGCGGGAACAUCGCGGAGGUCUUAUGAUGGUGGAGCAUCGGCACAGUCAAGUCUGGCCACCGCAUAACCCGAACGCAAGCAGACUUUGCCAGAUGCGGGAGGACACGGACGUGUGCUACCUAACCGGGGACUUGCGUUCCAAUCAGAGCCCUCAUCUGGCAAUUCUACAGAUAGCUUACCUGCUCGAGCAUAACCGGUUGGCGAGCGAACUGUCGAAGCACAAUCCCUGCUGGGACGAUGAACGUCUGUUCCAGGAGGCACGUCGCAUCAACAUCGGCAAAUACCAGUCGGUGGUGUACAACGACUGGCUGCCGAUCUACAUGGGCCGGAAGAAUAUGCUGGAGCACGGACUGCUGCACGCCACUGCAGAUGCCGGUGGGUUCGUGCGGGACUACAAUCCCCUGGAGGAUCCCACCGUGAGCAAUGCUUUCGGAACGGCUGCAUUCCGCUACUUCCACAACAUGAUUGUGGGAGAGUUAGACCUCUACCUAGACUCCAAGGAACGUCGUACGCGGAACGGUUCGCUCCGGCUGUCGGACUGGCUGCGAAGACCGGGCGUGCUGGAACAGCGCAACAACCGGGAACUGUUGACGAGGGGCAUGACCACCCAGCCGCACGAUUCCGCCAACGACCAGCUGACGCCCGAGGCCAAACACUUUCUCUUCCGGAACGCGAACCCUUACGGUGCCGAUCUGAAGGCGAUCGAUAUUCACCGGGCCCGAGACCACGGACUUGCCAGCUACAACGACUUCCGGGAGCUGUGCGGAUACGCCCGGGCCAACCGGUGGGAGGACCUGUACGCGAGCAUUCCACGCGCUACGGUCGACCAGCUUGCCCGGUGGUACGAUACGGUGGACGAUGUUGAGCUGACCGUAGCCGGGGCACUUGAAAUGCACCACCCGGGCGCAACCGUCGGUCCAACGUUUCUGUGCAUCCUGCUGGAACAGUUUCGGCGAACGCGUACCGGCGAUAGAUUCUUCUUCGAAAACGGUGCAACCGAGCGUGGGUUCGAUGGGAGGCAGCUGCGGGAGCUGCGGAAGGCAACGAUAGCGCGGUUACUGUGCGACAAUACGGAAGGGCUUGCACGUAUGCAGCACAAUGCAUUCUUUCUGCCCGAUGACGGCGAGAACCGGCCAGUGCCGUGCUCGGAAUUGCCCGAGGUACGGUUGGAACCGUGGCGAGUGUGAAGGGACACUGUUUUCCCACCGGAACCGGUUGAGUCCCGGUUGGGGGAUCAGCUCUGCACGGCUCACCUAAGGAUGAACCUACGGGGAGAGAGAGAGGGAGAGAGCGAGGAAGAGAGCACAGGGAGUUAAAAUUGGAUUAUUUGCCAAAUAUGUUUGCUUUUCCAGGGAUAGCAGGAAUAGAAUCGAUCUGGUGAAGCGGUACUAGCCGGUUCGAAACCAAAUAGAGAUGCGAACGCAACGUUACGGCACAUUGGUUUCUAUGUAAAUUUGAAAUAGUCAAUGUUGGUGGAAAAAUAGAACAAGUAAAGGCGACUCGCCAGCGAGAGAAUAUUUGACCGAUCCCUGUUUCAGAAAUGUAUAAUAAGGAUUAGUAUCAGGAAGGGUUUUGAAGAAUUUUACAGCAAAAUCCAGGCUUCUAGUGGUCAAUCAAAGGAAUACCAAUUGUUAUUGGUUCAAUUCUUGGAAGAGAGCUCAUGAGCUGUUAUCUCGGUUGGAAUGGAGUUCAAGGGAUCUUCCCAAAAUACAAACCGCUCUUAUAAAAAACUUUGCAGUAUCGAUUUUACACGAGGAAGCAACGCUAAAAUGCAUUUUAAAGGUUUAAUUGGACUCAUCAUCCUUUGUAAAUUGUUAUCAAGACGAAAGAAUGCUAUGAAGAUAAAAUGACAGCAAUAUCGUAGGACUUAUUCGAAAACUCUGAGGCAUAAAGGAUCGCCCUGGAUUCACAGGAUCUCUUCUUAUACCUUGGACAUAACAUUAAAAUAACUUCGAUACGUCUUCACCUCAGACGUCAUUAGCAGUUAAAUCGGAUUCAACUGGUUACGAGCUACAAGUUACCAAGAACUGACAUAAGUUAUUUUUUGUCAAUAAA